UACGAUUCAGUUAGUUGUUUUUCGGACCCGUACCCGUUAAAACGUGUUUUUGUGGGUGCGUUUCGUGAGUUGAAAAUUAUAAGAGAAGAAGAAGAAAAAAAUAAGAAAAAAAAAUUGAAAGAAAAAACAUUGUUGAUAAUAGCAAUAAUGAAGAGUAUAGUUCAAUCCCAAUACACAUAAUAUUCUAAUGGACAGAUAUAUCUGAUUGAUUUAGAAACUAUAUGAAAACUGUUGAAUGUUUGGGGUAUAUACAUUGUAAGCUCGUGACAUAAUGAAUUACUUUCCAGGUUUUACUUGUUGUAGAUAAAUUCAUUUGAAGGAGUCUCGCCGCACGGUCCCGUUUCCAGGGGCCAUGAGGCGUUGGCCUUCACAGAUGUUUCUACUGCUCUCUGUGGUGGCAGCUUUAACAUUUUAUCGGAUUGUUUCGGCCAAUUUACACAACAGAACGACAUUGACCAUUGGAUACUUGACUGCGAUAAAGGGCGAUCUGAAAGACAAACAGGGACUGGCCAUUUCCGGAGCAUUAACACUAGCUCUGGACGAAAUCAACAAUGAUCCAAAUGUAUUGCCAGACGUACAAUUAGCCUUGAGAUGGAAUGAUACGCGUGGGGAUACGGUCAUAGCGACACGGGCUAUGACUGAGAUGAUUUGUGAUGGUGUGUCGUCGUUUUUCGGCCCGGAAGGUCCAUGCUAUGUUGAAGCUAUUGUAUCGCAAAGUCGAAAUAUUCCAAUGUUGUCCUAUAAAUGUUCCGAUUACAAAGCUUCGGUUAUACCAACAUUUGCCAGAACUGAACCGCCAGAUACGCAAGUUACCAAAUCAGUUAUCUCGUUACUAACCUACUACGGCUGGAAGAAAUUUUCCAUUGUACAUGAAGAGGUGUGGACCACUGUCGCAAAUUCAUUGAAGCACCAGGCUGAAUUGAAAAACAUUUCCGUCAAUCACUGUGAAAAGGUUCAGGACACCCAUACAUGUUGUGAGAACAAUUUAGACUGCUGUGGAAGUGCAUACUUGUAUGGGAUUAUCCAACGCACCAUGAACCGAACCAGAAUCUAUGUCUUUCUUGGAUCAUCAAAUGUUCUCGUUGACAUGAUGACACUGAUGGAUUCGCUGCAACUGUUUUCGAAUGGUGAAUACAUGGUCAUAUUUGUGGAUAUGGCCACAUAUUCGACGAGAGAAGCGUCGCGAUAUUUAUUUAAAGUUCAGACGGUGAAUGAGAUGAAGUCAUGUGUGGCCGAUAUGGAGAAGAUAAAGAAAAGAGCUCGCAGCUUGCUUGUUGUUGUAUCAACGCCUCCCACUGAAAACUACGGAAGCUUUACAGCCAAAGUGAACGAGUACAAUGACAAAGAACCGUUCAACUUUCACACACCGACCAUCUUUCGUGACUACGAAAAGUUUGUGUCCAUCAAUGCGGCAUAUUUGUACGAUUCCGUGAAAUUAUACGCUUGGGCUCUCGAUAAGUUACUGAGAAGUGAUACACGACCACUUACAUCCGAUGUGGUUUACGAUAUUGCUAGCAAUGGAACCAGGAUUAUCGAGACUAUAAUCAACAAUCGAACGUACAAGAGUGUUACCGGAUCGAUGAUUAAAAUAGAUUCCUACGGUGAUUCAGAAGGCAAUUUCUCCGUGUUAGCGCUGAAGCAACAUCCUAGUACGCUCCGAGAAAAUAUUACAUGUGAAUAUACAAUGUUACCAGUUGCUUACUUUCAACAAGGAGAGACAUUGCCAGAAUAUAAAAUCAUAAAUGCAUCGGUACGAAUUGACUGGCCCGGUUCUGAAAAGCCGUCCGAUCAGCCGGUUUGUGGUUUCCUAAACGAAGCCUGUCCGAAGGAUAGUGCACACUUAACAUCGAUAGUUGUGGCCGGUGUGUUAGGUUUGGUUCUGUUUUGUGCUUGUGUGAUAGCGAUGAGCAUUUACCGGAAAUGGAAAAUUGAACAGGAAAUCGAAGGUUUGUUGUGGAAAAUCAAUCCACACGAAAUCAAAGGAUAUUUCGGCAAUGACAUCAUUUCGUCGCCGAGUAAGCUCAGCCUCAUCAGCGCUGCAUCAUUCGGAUCGAAUCGUUCCAAUCAAGUGUUUACAACAACUGGCAAAUUUAGAGGUGUGGUCGUCCGUAUAAAAGAAUUGAAAUUUACCCGCAAGAAAGACAUUUCACGUGAUAUUAUGAAAGAAAUGCGAUUAUUAAGAGAACUGCGACAAGAUAAUAUAAAUAGUUUUAUUGGCGCAUGCAUUGAGCCAUUCAGAACAUUACUAGUCACUGAUUACUGUGCGAAAGGGAGCCUGUAUGAUAUAAUUGAGAAUGAAGACAUAAAAUUGGACGAUUUGUUUAUUGCCUCACUAAUUCAUGAUUUGAUUAAGGGAAUGAUCUACAUUCAUGAUUCAGCGUUGUAUUUUCAUGGGAAUUUAAAAUCCUCAAAUUGUGUUGUGACGUCACGAUGGAUGCUUCAAGUGACUGAUUUCGGUUUAAAUGAUUUGCGCCAUUGUGCUGAAAACGAGUCCAUUGGCGAACAUCAAUAUUAUAGAAGUCAAUUUUGGAAAGCACCAGAACUACUAAGAAAUCCAAAUAUUUACGGUUCGCCGAAGGCAGACGUGUACGCUUUUGCUAUAAUUUUGUUCGAAGUUAUCGGCAGAAAGGGUCCAUUCGGCCAGAUCGGCUACGAGCCGAAAGAAAUUAUCGAACUUGUGAAACAGAUUCCAGAAGGCGAUGAGGAACCUUUUCGGCCCGAUAUCGAAUACAUUUUGGAGUCGGGAAAUUGUGCCGACUACAUUGUAAAUUGUAUGAAAGAGUGUUGGGAUGAGAAUCCAGAAGUGCGUCCAGACUUUACAACGAUCAGAGGGCGCUUGAAGAAAAUGCGAGGCGGCAAAUCAAAGAACAUCAUGGAUCAAAUGAUGGAAAUGAUGGAGAAAUACGCCAAUAACUUAGAAGACGUUGUAAACGACAGAACGAGACUAUUGUGCGAAGAGAAGAAGAAAACGGAAGACUUAUUGCACCGAAUGUUGCCGCAGAGUGUGGCUGAAAGCUUAACUAGAGGCCAUGGGGUUGAACCUGUCUCAUAUAAUUCGGUUACUAUUUACUUCAGCGAUAUCGUUGGUUUUACAGCAAUGUCUGCUGAGAGCACACCGCUGCAAGUGGUUAACUUUCUCAACGAUCUGUACACAGUGUUCGAUCGGAUUAUCAAAGGUUAUGACGUUUACAAGGUCGAAACGAUUGGCGAUGCGUACAUGGUCGUAUCUGGUCUACCCAUUCAGAAUGGGGAUCGUCAUGUGGGUGAAAUAGCAUCCAUGUCGUUAGACCUAUUAUUAGCUGUUAGGAAACAUAAAAUAUCACAUCGGCCAAAUGAGACGCUUAAACUGCGAAUAGGAAUGCAUACUGGUCCAGUCGUGGCUGGAGUAGUUGGUUUGACGAUGCCGCGAUUCUGUUUGUUCGGCGAUACUGUGAAUACGGCGUCAAGAAUGGAAAGCAACGGUGAAGCAUUGAAAAUUCAUAUAUCGGAGCAAUGUAAAGCAGCUCUGGAUCGCAUUGGCGGCUAUGUUACCGAAAGUAGAGGACGUAUCCAGUUGAAGGGGAAGGGAGAAGUAGUAACGUACUGGCUAACUGGGGCUACUGAGAAGGCUGUGCAAAGAAGAGAAGUUGAUGUACGCGAUCUACCUCCACCCCUAUUUUGUAGGCCCAGACGAAGUCCAAAGCUAAAUUGUGAUUCAAGACAACCAAGUUUUAUUGGCGCACCAUACUUUGGUGGUGGAGUCGGUGGUGGAACUGGCAGUCGUAGACAGUCCAGUGUACCACGACCAGAAGCAGAAAGUACGUACAGUCUUCAGGGAUCACUGCAUGCACAAAAAAAUUCACCUCGACCUAGUCAUAGAAAGCUCGACCGUUCGCCAUUGUAUUUAAAUAACGGAUCGAACAAUGUCCUCUGUCAAUCCGAUCUGGAUCAUUUCGAACUGAACAGAAAACCGUUAGCAAUGGUACGACCACGUCAAAUCCUUAGUUCGCUUAAAUCGAACGAAGAAUUGCCAUCACUCCGCGAUCCGAAUAGUAAUUUACGCGAAAGUAAAUCAUUGGAUCGAUUCCCGAGCCAGCUGCGAAAGCGACACGACGCAAAAGUGCCAACCAAAAUGCAGAAAUUAAGUUCCCGGUCGUUGGAUUGCGGUGUGGCGAUGAUUGUGAGCGAAAAUGCAAAUUUCGAGCCCAAACUCAGUAGAAAAAUUUCGUCCAAACACCUCAACAACAACUGUAACGGUUCGAUAGCGAUGGAAGAUCCAAAGUGUCCGUUACUGUUGCGCCAGGGAUCGUUGAAUAGUCCGCACGACGACAGUAUGUUACAGCAAACGAAGCGAUGGCGUUCGUUGGAAACGGUUGGCGGUGAUGAGGAUGUGGAGAAUAAAAAAUCGUUCACCAGAAAUUCGAUCAAAUCGUGGCUGGUGGGAUUUUUUCAAAGCAACGGGUUAAGAUCUAGCAAUUCGUCGUUACGGAAAGUGGGUGUUGUACAAAAUACAGUCAAAGAAUUAGCUGGAUUCAGUGAGCUACCUUCCUCACCUGAAAAUGAAAGCAUUGUCUAAAUCGAUCAAUUUUUAUCCUUAAUGACAAAAAACAAAUCACAAAAGAAAGAAAAAAACAAACAAAAUAGAAUCGAAUGAAUCUGUCACUGUAGCUUUUACAAUUUAAAUGUACGUGUAGGUAGUUAUUAAAAGAAAAAAGAGAAAAGAACAAGAAAACAAAAAUCUUCAUUUUAUUAGACACUAAAAGAAAAGAAAAGAAAAAUGAUUUAUCUUACCUGCAAUUUGUAUAUUGUAAACUAUAAACUAUAAUUGUUGUCGAAGAGAGUCAUAUUGAAUUACAAAUGAAAAAUGUUUAAUAAUAUUUUAUGAACAAAU